AUGGUUGGAGGAAGAAACAACACAGCUGUAAUCAAAUUCAUCCUCCUGGGGUUUUCAGAUAAACCACAAAUAAAGGUCUUUCUUUUUAUAGUCUUUAUGGGGAUUUACCUCCUGAUGCUAGCCUGGAACCUGAUGCUCAUCACCCUCAUCAGGAUGGACACUCACCUCCACACACCCAUCUACUUUUUCCUCAGCAACCUCUCCUUCCUAGACAUCUGUUACUCAUCUUCUACUGCCCCCAAGAUGCUUUCUGACAUCAUCACAGAUCAGAACACCAUUUUUGUUGGUUGUGCCACACAAUACUUUGUCUUCUGUGGGAUGGGGCUGACUGAAUGCGUGCUCCUGGCAGCCAUGGCCUAUGACCGGUAUGCUGCAGUUUGCAACCCACUGGUCUACACAGCUUUCAUGUCCCAUGCUCUGUGUUUAAAGUUGGUCGUUGGUGCCUAUAUUGAUGGUUUCCUUAGUUCUCUCAUUGAAACAUGCUCUGUCUACCAGCAUGAUUUCUGUGGGCCAAACAUAAUCAUCCACUUCUUAUGUGACCUUCCUCUAGUCUUGGCUCUUGCCUGCUAUGACAUCUUCACCAGCCAGGAAGUGACCUUCAUUUUGGGUGUUGUUCUUUGGGUUGUCCUAGUAGUCCUCAUCUCUUAUGGAUAAAUUGUUUUUGCUGUCCUAAGGAUCAGCUCAGCUAAAGGUAGAACCAAGGCCCUCAACACCAGUGCAUCUCACCUGACUGCUGUGACCCUCUUCUAUGGCUCUGGUCUCUUCAUGUACAUAAGACCCAGUUCCAGUUAUUCCCUCGGACAAGACAAGGUGGUGUCUGUGUUCUGUGCUAUUGUGAUUCCCCUGGUAAACCCCAUCAUCUAUAGCCUCCGAUAUAAGGAUCUUAAAAAUGCCAUGAGGAAAGCUGUGGAAUGGGACUGCAUGCAUUCAAUUUUCUGA